AUGGAGCCGGCCGGCCUCACGCAGGAAGAUUACAAGGCGCUCGAGGCGACGAGGCUGCGGCUCAUGCAGAUCUCUAGCGGCAUCGGCACCCUCAAGGCCAGCGUAUUAUCGAGCAAUCCGCUACCCAAUCUGGAAUCGCUCCAGAAUCAUGCGGAUAUCUUACAGAGUAAGAUCCAGAGCGUCCUCGGCAUCAUGAUGCCCAUGGCGGACACCUUCAGCCGCAUCAUGGUUCACCCCACCACGAAUUUUCCAGGUCGCACCCAGGAACAAAUACUCAUACAGCUGAUGCGCAAGAAGCCGGAACCGGAUGUCGCGACGGCGAUGGACGAGGGGAGGAAGAUUUUCGCUGGAUUGACUCAGUCCUCGGACCUUUCCGGCGCGCACGCUAGCACUGAGACGGGCGGCGGAAAGGGGGUCGAGGAAUUGGAAGCCGUGUGGGAAUCGACGCGAGAGUUCUGCCAAAGUCGCCUCGCAGAAUAUGUGCAAGGCGAGGGAGACGACAUGUUCACGGAGGAAGAGCGCGCGCGAGGAAUCGAGAACGUGCGGACGGGGCUUAAGAGAUCGCUGCUGGAAGACGAAGACGAGGACGAGGACGAGGAUAUCGACGACGACGAAAUGGAGCUUGAUCGACCGCCGCCCCCGCCGGCACCUGGAGUCGCGACUCAAGAGGUCGAGGGCGCCGCGCUAGAGAAUGUCAUGAGAUUCGCGGCGAGGGGUGAGUUUGUUGCUCGGUGA